GGGCGGUCCGGGGCGGAGCCGAGUCCGCGGGCUCCGGGCCGGGGCGGGGCCGCGGCCGGCGGCCGGCGGCGUCGCCGGUUCGGGUGCUGUGGCGGUUCCACGUCGUCCGUGACCCGCAGGCCGGAGGUUACCGGGUUCUGCCCGCGGCUCUCGUGAGCCCGAGCCGGCGCCGCGUCCGGCGCGCAGGCCUGGGGCCGGGCGAGGCCAUGGCGGGGCCGGGCCCGGCGGAGCAGGACGAGCAGUACGAUUUCCUGUUUAAGCUCGUGCUCGUGGGGGACGCGAGCGUGGGCAAGACGUGCGUGGUGCAGCGCUUCAAGACCGGCGCCUUCUCGGAGCGCCAGGGGAGCACCAUCGGCGUGGACUUCACCAUGAAGACGCUGGAGAUCCAGGGCAAGCGGGUCAAGCUGCAAAUCUGGGACACAGCUGGCCAGGAACGAUUCCGAACCAUCACACAGAGCUACUACCGAAGUGCCAAUGGGGCCAUCCUCGCAUAUGACAUCACCAAGAGGAGCUCCUUCUUGUCUGUGCCUCACUGGAUUGAGGAUGUGAGGAAGUACGCAGGCUCCAACAUUGUGCAACUGCUGAUCGGAAACAAGUUGGACCUUGCUGAGCUCCGGGAGGUUCCGCUGGCUGAGGCACAGAGCCUAGCAGAACACUACGACAUCUUGUGUGCCAUCGAGACUUCAGCCAAGGACUCGAGCAACGUGGACGAAGCCUUCAUGAGGGUGGCCACCGAGCUCAUCGUGAGGCACGGAGGCCCCAUGUUCAGUGAGAAGAGUACCGACCAUAUCCAGCUGGACAGCAAGGACAUUGGGGAGAGCUGGGGCUGUGGGUGCUGACCAGGGCACAGGGCAAGCAGGCCAGGGGUUGAGCCACCUUCUUUCUCUCUGGCCUGUGGAGCAUGGCCUUCCAGGGCCCCAGCCUUUCAAUAGCUGCUGUGUCAGCCCCAGCAUUCUGCACCCUGGCGUGGAUGCAUGGUGGGAAGGGAGCUGCACGGUACCCCUUGCAGGGGGCCUGUUGGCCUGUCCUUCCAGCCAACUUGGGGUCUCUCCCUCAUCUUCACAUUCCAGGACUGUCCCAAGCCCUUCAACAGGACUGCAGUGAGAGAGGGGCUUGAGCCUCUGUCCUUCACUUGCUAAUUUUGACCAUUGUUGACCUUGACUGCAGCAGUUACCCUCCAGGGAUGUAGCUAGUGCCCCAGACUUUUACAGAUCAUCCAUUUGGAGCACUGACAGCAAGCGUGACCGGACCAGGAGCCUGGUGCCCGAGCUUGUCCAGGUUGGAACAGCUGCCUUCUUCCACUGCCAGCUAGAGCUCACAGACACUUCCUGGGGCCUGGUUCACUGCCUUAUCAAGACCUCUAGGGUUCUUCUGGUUUUCCAUGUAGCUUCUCAUUUUCAUCUGUACAAGUGUGGGGUCAUGGCCAUGGCCAGCUAGGGACUCUGCUGGCCUGGGCCCCAAAUUGUACCAGUUGGGUUGAAAAACCAGCUAGUCUUUCAA